UCCCCAGUCCAGCGGUUCAUCAGCGAGGACCGCCUGCCCCACCUCCUCCUCUAUGGCCCCCCCGGCACCGGCAAGACCUCCACCAUCCUGGCGUGUGCACGGCAGCUCUACCGGGACCGGGAGUUCAACUCCAUGGUGUUGGAGCUGAACGCCUCGGACGACCGGGGAAUCGACAUCGUCCGAGGGCCCAUCCUGAGCUUCGCCAGCACCAGGACCAUCUUCAAGAAAGGCUUCAAGCUCGUCAUCCUGGAUGAAGCCGACGCCAUGACCCAGGACGCUCAGAAUGCCCUGAGGCGAGUGAUCGAGAAGUUCACCGAAAACACCCGCUUCUGCCUCAUCUGCAACUACCUCUCCAAGAUCAUCCCCGCGCUGCAGUCCCGCUGCACCCGCUUCCGCUUCGGGCCCCUCACCCCGGAGCUGAUGGUGCCCCGGCUGCAGCACGUCAUACAGGAGGAGGGGGUGGAUGUGAGCGAGGAUGGGAUGAAGGCGCUGGUGACCCUCUCGAGUGGCGACAUGCGCCGAGCCCUGAACAUCCUGCAGAGCACCGCCAUGGCCUUCGGGAAGGUGACGGAGGAGAAUGUCUACACCUGCACGGGGCAUCCCCUCAAGUCCGACAUCGCCAACAUCCUCGACUGGAUGCUCAACCAGGACUUCUCCACCGCCUAUCGCAAAAUCACAGAGCUGAAGACGCUGAAGGGCUUGGCCCUGCAGGACAUCCUGACCGAGAUCCACCUGUUUGUGCACAGAGUCGAUUUCCCACCCUCAGUCCGCAUCCAGCUGCUGAUCAAAAUGGCAGACAUCGAGUACCGGCUGGCUGCUGGCACGAGCGAGAAGGUUCAGCUGAGCUCCCUCGUCGCGGCUUUCCAAGUCACCAGGGACCUGAUCGUGGCCGAAGCCUGAGCCUGGCGGGGUGGCUGCGAGCGUCCUGGCCUGCGGGGCAUCCUGAGCAGAAACCCGGGGCGACCAUCAUCAGCUCCGUGCAGCUUCGUGGUUCCUCUUUGCAUGCCCUGGGCCCCACCUGGGGCGUACCAGAGCAGCCUGUUUUUAUACGCUUCACCGGGAAAUGCAAACAUCUUUAACGCCAA